AUCUGUUCCACGCGGAAUUAUUUCGUUGGCCGUUAUAUUACAACCGCCAUUUCACGAGACUGUCACGAUGGCAGAACCAUGGAGAACUCAUGAUGUAAGUUAGGCUUGGACCCACUCAGUCAAUUGUCUGACGUUUCUAGAUUGUAUACUUAUCGGUGGUUACGCCGGUGCUAUUAGCCGCAGCCUUUGAGUUGGUACUUUUGCUUGCUGCGUUCUUAUACUGCCUCGUCAAGGUUUAUCAGAAAGCGGAUCGCUGGAGCAGCCAGGUUCUUGCCGUUAGUAUGAUGGUUCUCAUACUGUUGUUCAGGUAAGGCAAGCAAGGACCGAGAAGAAAUUACCCAGAAAUGAAUGCGAUGCUGAUUGUAGUUUCGUCAAGGGGCAUAUUCCUGCCGGUUCUCCUCUUUACGAUCCCCUUUCCACGGCAGGUUUCGCGGCAUUGGCCUCCUAGCCUAGUCCCUCUCGUCCAAUGGUUUGCCCUUGGGGCUUUCACGGUGUUGCUUGCUGUACCCUGGUCUGUUUGCGUUGGCAGGCUGAUCAUAACAACAUCCUCGCGGCGGCCGGAGAAGAUAAAGCAGGCUUUUGCCAACCACACCGCGCCUAAGGUUGUCAUCGUCAUGCCAGUAUAUCAGGAGCCUCCUUCGGAAUUGAUCAAAACCAUUGAUUCGGUGGUCAACAGUGAGUAUCCAAAAUGCCGUAUCCAUUUGUUUGUUUCAUAUGACGGAGUCUCCAUGGACGAAUCCUACCUCCAGGUCAUCCACCAUCUCGGGGUUCCGAUAGCAUUGGAGAGCUACCCGCAGAGUAUCGAUGUGACCUACAAGGGCGUUAAAAUUACGAUAUCUCGCUUCAGGCAUGGGGGCAAGCGACACUGUCAACAACAGACAUUCAAACUUGUCGACAAGAUGUACUUCGAAUACAGCCAGCGGCAUGAUGAUCUGUUUAUGUUGUUAAUUGAUUCCGAUUGCUUCCUGGACAAACGUUGUUUGCAGAACUUUGUGUACGACAUGGAGCUCAAGCCGGGGCGCAAGCGCAAAAUGCUAGCAAUGACGGGCAUCAUCACAUCGACCACGGAGAAAAACAAGCUGUUGACUUUGCUGCAAGACCUAGAGUACAUCCAUGGACAGUUUUUUGAACGGUCCGUGGAGUCGGGCUGCGGCGCCGUAACCUGUCUCCCCGGCGCACUGACAAUCCUUCGAUUCUCUGCGUUCCGCAAGAUGUCCAAGUACUACUUUGCCGAUAAAGCCGAGCGAUGCGAGGAUCUUUUCGAUUAUGGGAAGUGUUACUUGGGAGAAGAUCGCUGGCUCACCCACCUCUUUAUGAUCGGCGCCAAAGAGCGCUACCAAAUCCAGUUGUGCACGACUGCAUUUUGUAAGACAACCGCAGUCCAAACAUUCUCCGCUCUGAUGAAGCAGCGACGACGAUGGUUUCUCGGCUACAUUACCAAUGAAGUCUGUUUGUUGACCGACAUCAGGCUGUGGAAGCGCUAUCCUUUCUUGUGUCUCAUCCGCUUCGUGAACGAUAUGAUGCGUACAACCACGUUGCUCUUCCUCGUUCAAACAAUAUCCCUCAUCCUGACAUCGGGCCGACUUCACGGCUUACCUGUCAUCAUCAUAAGCGUAUCUUUGGUUCUCAACUAUUCGCUCAUGUUCUAUCUGGCGAUCAAACUGAGACGAUUGAAGGCAUUGCUCUAUUUGCUCAUGUUUAUCCUCAUGCCCCUGUUCAAUUGGCUGUUCCUGGUGUACGGCAUAUUCACGUCGGGACAGCGUACCUGGGGAGGCCCCAGGGCCGACGCCGCCAAAGCCGAUAAAUACACGACUCCUGAGGAGGCAGUUGAGAGAGCCAUGGCCCAAGGCGACGAGCUAAACGUAGUGGUCGACACCUUCCGGCGCAGUACUGAGAAGAAAACAGUGCCCCUUCACCCUUCGGAGAAUCUCAGAGGACGAUUUUCUGCUUCUCCGCGGCCAGGCAGUUAUCCCAUUACCGUUGUAGAUGGCACCGGGAUCCCUCUGGCUAAUGCGAUGACACCCCUUCCCAGUGUACCACGGAUAGGUGUGCACCCAGACGGUUCUUCCGAGUCGGUAUUCACGUCAGACUCGGAUUCAAACUCCAUGUCCCUACCACUCCCCGUGGAGGGCACCAGGGUGCUUCCCCAGAGCUCGAUCGCAAGUCACCAUACGGGCAGCGCAGACGAAACAAGUCUACAAGCCAGUGAAUGCCGCGAAAGAUCCCAAUUGGGUCACCGGAGCGCUCAUGAGCAUUCUCUGUCUAUAUAUUCCACUCGAGAACCGACGGAUGGGACUCCUGGCACUGCGCCCACGCCACAAGAACCCGGGCAUCCGCCCACCUCCAGUGUCGCGACUAGACUGUCGCAAAUUUUGCAGCGGCCUCGGCCGGGACGUCGAGCAAACAAACCGACGCAGACCCAGAUGCCAAGGGAUCCGGAGCACAUGGUCUAACACCACAUGAGCAGGCCUUCAGGAAGGAUUUGGAGGCUGCCACGUAACCAGACAUCCCACUGCGUUGACAGGCCGAAACCUCGAAUUAUAGUCGGGAUCGACAGGGUAUGUCAGGUCAAGGUGGAUCGAUCAUGGUUUAUUUUCCCGCCGUGCUUCGCGAUCAUCCUCCCUUGUCUCUGUGAAAGAGUGUUGUGUUGUUGUUAUCUCAUUCAUCCAUUCUUGUUAUUACCUUGGAACAGGUUGGUAUAUUUUGUUCUGGUUUUUCCCCUAAGCGGGGCCAUGAUAGUGGGACUUUUUUUUUUCUUUCUUAGUGGGGAAACAGGGGGAAAGGAAGACGGGUCUACCCCAAGACUGAUGUAAUUAGCAGUUUUCAUAGCUUAGGAAUUAGGAAAUGGGAAUGGUCGAGUG